UUUCUGAUUGGUGAUUGGCUCAACCUCCUGCCACUGGGGUACUCUGCUCCUUCAGCGUGUGUUAUCAGUGAAAAUGGCGAGCUGGUGUGUACGAGCUGUAAAACAGAGUUACUCUGUUGUAGCAUCUUCUUCAAUAAUAAGGGCAUCCCCACGGCUCCUAUGCACAGCAGCCCAGCAGAAAAGCGGCCAGGGGUCGGAGGAGGACCAGCAUGCUGAGCAGAGCGCAGCAGAGAAGGGCCUUGCUGAGGAGAAGGGCCAGCUGGAGGACCAGCUCAAAGAGGUCACGGACAAGUACAAGCGGGCCCUGGCAGACACAGAGAACCUGAGGACGAGGAGUCAAAAGAUGGUGGAAGACUCAAAGUUGUAUGGAAUCCAAAGGUUGUGCAAAGACCUGCUGGAGGUGGCGGACAUCUUGGAGAAGGCGACGGAGAGCGUGCCCAGUGAGGAGGUGUCCUCUCAGAAGAACCCCCACCUGAAGAACCUGUACGACGGCCUGGUGAUGACAGAUAAACAGAUGCAGAAGGUGUUCGCCAAGCACGGCCUGGUCAAGCUUAACCCAGACGGAGGGCAGAAGUUCGACCCCUAUGAGCACGAGGCUCUAUUUCACGCCCCUGUGGAGGGUAAAGAGCCCGGCACGGUCGCCGUAGUAACCAAGGUGGGCUACAAACUCCACGGGCGCACCCUCCGGCCGGCAUUGGUGGGCGUGGCCAAAGCCCCUUGAUUUAAAAAAAAGGUUCAGUAUGACCGUGAUGUCAUUGUUUUUGCCUGGGUGACAGAUCACCUUGGCUACUGCAGGCUGGUCAAAGCGCCCCACCCAACCCAACUCCCCAACCACCUAACGUUGCCUCAAAGAGGCGGGAAUCCAACUUGAACUAAUAUUAUUACCAUGGACGACAUCACAGCCUGUUUUGACUUUGCAUACCGAUUCUCCACCCUUCUCCCGAAGUGUGCACUUGCUCACUCCCUGUCAUGAAUUAAAAAGCAUUGGAUUGGCUGGAGGGAGUUUACGGCAUUGUUAAAUCCAUGACAGGAAGUGUGCAAGUGCAUACUUUGCGGGGAAGGAUGUCGAAUUGGGACACAGCCCAUGUAUCUGCCAGGCGCAAUUAUGUUUGAGCAGAAGCAACACUUGUGAUGGCACGUACAGCACAGAACCAGUUUGACAAGUCAUUUCUGUCCUAUUUCAGUCAUCAGGAUCAGAUUCCUGUCCAGUCAUUGUAAUUGUUAUGGAUGGGAGAAUGUAAUGUACCUCAUUAUUAUAUACCAAA